UUCGGUGGUCAACAAGGUGGAGGUCAACAAAGAGUUCGUAAAGGUGAUAAUACUCAAGUGAAUAUCAAUGUUGGAUUGAAUGAUUUCUAUAAUGGUAAAUUAUUAGAAUUUGAUGUUGAAAUGAGAAAUAUUUGUGAGAAAUGUGAAGGAUCUGGUUCAAAAGAUAAAGAAACUCAUACUUGUCCUAAAUGUAAUGGAUCUGGUACCAUAGUGAUAACUCAUCAAAUUGCUCCGGGAAUGAUCCAACAAAUGAGAUCUGGCUGUGAUGAAUGUAAUGGUAAAGGUAAAAAAAUCACUAAUAAAUGUGAUUCAUGUCAUGGUCAUGGUGUUAACCAAGGUUUAAGACAUUAUGAAGUAUAUAUUCAACCUGGUCAACCAAGAGACUCGAAUAUAGUAUUGCAUGGUGAAGGUGAUAAAAGUCCAGAUUGGAUUGCUGGUGAUUUAAUUGUAUCUUUAAGAGAAGAAUUCGUCAAGAGUUGGGGUUAUAGAAGAGUUGAUGAUAAUUUAUAUAGAACAGAAGUUUUAACUUUGAAUGAAUCCUUAUCAGGUGAUUGGACCAGAAGUAUCAAAUUUUUCGAUGAUGAUGAUAAUCUUUUGAAACUUUCAAGAAAGAAAGGUGAAGUGGUUCUUAAUGGAGAAAUUGAAAUCGUUAAGGGUAAAGGUAUGCCUAUUGUCGAAGAUCCAAACCAUCCAGAUCCGUCUGAAGAGUAUGGUGAUCUUUUCAUUGAAUAUAAAGUCAUUGUCCCUGGAGCUCAGAUAAUAGAAAAAAAUAAACCAAUUCCUGAAAAGGAUGAACUAUAGAUAAAUCUAGAACAUGCAUAAUCAAUUGACAACCAUCUAAAAGUAUUUUGUUUUUACUUACUUUAAUUAUCAUUUUAGCUUCUUGUAUAAACACAUCA